AUGGCCUCUUCCAACCAGCAAGUCUGCCCGGUCGUUGGUACUACCAACAGCGUCCUGCCGCCGUCCCACCCCGACAUCGACCUCUCCCAGCCCGGGCAGACCUGCCCCGUCGUCGGUGCGAAGACUGACCACCACCACAACCUGCACAAGCACCCCUCCGUGCCCAUACCCGCCGACGCGGCUCCCGGCGAUGCUCAGAAAUGUCCUGCGCUGCGAGAGGUCGUCGAUGAGCCCAAGAGCAAGGAGAUGGACGAUCAGGUCUGCCCCGUCGUUGGGCCGGUGACCACCAUUCUCCCGCCAGACCACCCCAGCACCUCGGGCAAGGAGGACGGUGCCAUCUGCCCGGUCACGAAGGCGCAGGUUGGACAUCACAAGAAUAAGGUGGCAGAGCAUCCGGACGUGUCACAUGCUGCACCUGGUGCAGUGUGUCCGGUUGUAGGAGCCAAGGCUUAA